GGAGGAGACUUCAGACAAACCAAUGCAACUAAGGCUAUAACUUCAGGAUCGUCAUACUUCAAUGGAGGUUAAUUAAAAUUACUUGAGCCAAAAAUUAACGAAAGCUCUUGCAAAGAUGAAUGAAGCAGCACACACAUUGACCUUCCAAAUCAGAAAUAAAACCUGAUAACAUUUAGGUUAAAAAUGCGAAACUUUAAAUUUUAAAAACUAUCUCAAAUUAGGAUAAUUUUGGUCAGUUUUGCGUACAAUCCACGCCAACUGUGCGUAGCUAACCGUACACAUUCCUGCUGUCAUCUUAGUUUCCAUCAUGGUGAUCAGAAGAGUUGUGUGACCUUACCCUUCCUAUCACAUUCAUUCUCAACAGCGUUAUUUCCAGCAGCUUCCAGAGCUAGCAAACGCCGAGCAGCUGGAACAUGACAUGUUGUUUAUGACAUUAAAAUGUAAACAAACACCUGCGCAACAAUGUGGAAUUUACCUGCGUAGAAAAGUGCAAUUCAAAAUGUGCGUCACGUGGAAAACGGUCAUGUUUAUCGCCUCGCUCCUUUCAUGCAACGAAGCACUGUACGAUUGGCCGACCGAGGAAACGAGCAAAUCUAUCCUCAACUCCGGCUACAAGGAGUACGAGUUCGAGCUAACGCAGACGAACAAUUUGUACCGUCAAGAUGUACUUCAAAAGUCGUGCCAGUACAACAUUACUGAUGAUAUGAUGGACCGGAUAGAGCAGCUGAAACAGAUUCCCACCGAUCAUCUUCUAAUUGAUCGUGAACACAAAUUUCUCUACUGCUACGUUCCGAAGGUCGCUUGCACCAACUGGAAGCGUGUUAUGAUGAUACUGAUUAACAAAUGGAACGGUACUGAUCCAUUACAAAUUCCCGCUGAUCUGGCACAUUCGGCCGGAAUGUUUGAAACUUUUCAAUCGUUAAGCGACGAAGACAAAAUUGCUGUGCUUGCAGAUUAUAAUCGCUUCAUUCUGGUUCGUCAUCCGUUCGAGAGACUGCUGUCAGCGUUUCGGAAUAAACUGGAGGGCAACUCAAAAAGUGCCAAAUACUUUCAGGCACGCAUCGGGAGAACCAUCAUAAAAUCAUUCCGGAUGCACGCCACAAACGAAUCGCUUAUAAAUGCGGAUGAUGUGCAGUUCAACGAGUUUGUGCAGUACUUACUUACGCCGGAUCUGAGCAAAAGCGGAAACAUGUCAUUCAAUGAGCACUGGGAACCCAUUUCGCACCUUUGCCAUCCCUGCUUGGUGCACUACAAUGUCAUAGGCAAAUACGAAACACUGACGGAUGAUUCCUCUCUAGCACUGCAUCUGGCCGGUGCGGAAGGCUUGAGCUUUCCCGCGGUUUACAAAUCGUCCAGCACACGGGAACGGUUGAAGCACUACUUUAACGACAUUCCUACAGAAACCUUGAAGCGGUUGUAUUUACUUUACGAGGAGGAUUUUAAAAACUUUGAUUACAGUUUGGAGGAAAUAUUCGGCUAUGAGCUCGUUUAAGGGAUACAAUUAGCAUUUAGACAAUACUUACAGGUAAGUUGGCUCUCAUAAGUUGAUAGUAACAGGUUUUAGGGCAGUUGGUGUACUUAUUAACAGCAAACAAAACAGGGAAGUUACAGUGUUACGGUAUUAGGGUUGCAGGACAAUACAUGUGAUAUUAACAUUAAAUGUGCAAACUUUGUUGACAAUAUUUCUUACAGCAAUAAACAUUCUUACUGAUAUUUGUGCAAGAAUUUGUAAAAGAAGCUUUUUGCCCGGUUUAUAAUAAACCGCUUACAAAUGUGUUAUUUAACUCAAUGAUUUAGUGAACUUUUUGUUGUUGAAGUUACAGUAAAAUGCUGUGAAAAUUGAGAAUAAAACAACAGAAAAACAUGGACAUUUGAGCGCAAAAUAAAUCGUCAAUCACAUUCAAAACAUGCAGUAUCUAGGAACAAUAUUUCCUCUUCAAUUUGCGGACAGGGUUUGCGGAUGAGAAAUUCGCACAGCUCUACUUAUACUAAAAAAUAGCAUUUUUCCCAAUGUCUUCUAAUUGCCUUUAAAAUUCUUUGUUCGGUAUUGUAGUGAUACCAUCUCUUCUUUUAUAUAUAUACUCGUUUGUCUGACCACACGAACAUUUAAAUUAAUUUUGAUCGAAACAUUAGGAGGCUACCCAAGCACCACAGAUUAAGCUUAAACGACUGGAAAAUCCAAUAUCAAUUGAAAAAAAAACGAAAGCUCUAUAGCUGCACAGGUUUGCUCAAUAGAUGGCGUUGUAUAACUCAUCUUUAUAUUGCUGUCCUUUUCUUGCUAUGUGUUUCGCCUAACUUUAUCUACCCUAGCGCCACAAAUUAAGCUUAAACGAUAGGAAAAUUGAAUAUCCAUAGAAAAAAAAAACGAAAGCUCCAUCCCAAGUGCCACAAAUCCACUAAACGACCACUAAACGGCUUCUAAACGACUCAAGCACUCUACCUAAACGGAAUAUAGAAAGACUUCGUUUAGCAGACGGCAAACGACUCAUGCAUUCUAAAAAUAGCAAAAAAGCUGGUGGCGCUCUCUGUUGGUGGGAUACCCCAACCAGUUGAGCUUCAUCGCUUGGAGGAGAGCUUUCUCAUUUCCUCUGUACUGUUGUAUGGUUUCGCAUUGAAGUUAUGCAUCGCUAGAACUAGAACGGCGAUACGAUUGUUUAAAUACUAAACUCCAAUGGAAACCACUAGCACUGACGCAAGUGAGAUUUGAGUAAUGGUCGUUAGUGUUGAUACCCACAUAUCUGACCACACGACCAUUCAUAUAGAUUUUUGCUCGGAAAGUUAGAAGGCUAUAUAGGUCAUGAUAAGAUGAAACUUGUCGAAACACAUUGCAAGAAAAGGAUAGCAAUAUAAUAAUCAGUUUUAAUACGCCAUCUAUUGAUCAAACCAA